AUGUUAGUUGGAGACUAUAUGCCUGGGCACUUUCAAGCCCUUCCCACCCUCGAGGCCGCACGUGCAAAGUUCAGAGCUAUCAACGGUGAUGAGCUUGUAAAGGGUGUUUUUCGGCCCUUUUUUGUUGAUGGUGGAAUGGAAAAGAGACUUGGCCUGACUAUCCUCCAUCGCCAUUUUGACUUGAAUGCCGAUGAGAGGCUUGUCGACUACAACGGAACCUCUCUUCCUUGGCCUGCGGCUCCCACCCAGGGGAUAGAGGAACCCUAUGCGUCCAUCUGGUCAAAGGCCGCCGACGGCACAUUCCGGCCUACCGAGUAUCGUUAUUCUCAGAACCAUAAGGCGGCGGCAAUCGGCCCGGCAGAGCUCAGUUUUAUGGAAGAGUUCGAUAAGCUCCUUCAACAUCACGACGCAUCGGACCUCUUCGGCCUUUGUCUCUAUCCAGGAGAUGACUUCGAAGGCUCCUGUGAGAUUACCGUGGGUCGAGCUAACAUCAAUUUGAAACCGGCAGAUUAUCCUAGCGACCUCCAGGUAGUGGACACCACGUGGUUCUUCUCUGCACCACUGUGGACUCAAGCAGAAGGGAAACAGGAACUCGUUCUUAUUGUGGUCUGGGCGAAGGAGUUAGGAGGCGUUUAUGACGCGGAGGAGCUCGCGUCUAAGAUGGGAUACUCUGAUUCGAAUGCUGACAAUCGAAAGCCAAGGAAUCAUCGUGAUGAAUAUCUAGUGGAUCGUGGAAUUGGAGAUGAGUAUCGCGUCUUAGCUGUUUUUGAGGGUGGUGGCCCCGACUCCGUUGUGACGUUUGAAUGCUCCUCUUACAGGAUUAAAACGACACUCCCUAACGGCUACUUUACUGGAAGAGACGGAGAGAGUCCAUUGGAGAAAAUUGGGAACGAGAUUUAUCGUCAUACGGGCGUGCGCGACGACUCUCUCCGCGAUUAUCUUGUGCAGUCUGUGGCACGAACACCGUCUUUAUGGUAUUUGGUGGGGAGUUGA